UCGCAAAUGCUCUUGUGAGAUACAACAAUUUUAAUUAACUUAAGAGUUAUUUAUUGAAUUCAGUUAUGUUUUUUAAAUUAACAAAAUGUUGCUUCUGUUUCCCUUUGCGGCCAGGAUUACUUACAUUUGGAUAUAUUAUGGCGAUCAUAAGCUACGUCAAUUUAUUACACAUGAUCUUCCGCAUGAACGACAUAUUCCAAGGGACUGUCAGAACCGAUCCGAUGGAUUACAUCAUCCUCUCUUUGUCAUUUGGAGUGAUGGCGAUACAACUUCUGUUCACCGUUAUAUUGAUCACUGCUCUUCAUAAGAACAGUACAGAGCUUUUGGAAGCCUACUACGAGUGCAAUAUUUGUAUGUUCACAACACAAACGACUGUAGCCCUCUUUUACAUUCCUCUACAAGUAUAUAGAUGGCGCCCCAGAGAGGAUCUUAUGUAUAAACUCACUGUUGGCAUGAUAAUUGUAGCUGCUGUUAUUAUAACAACGCAAUUUUAUUUAAUUUCGCUUAUUCGAAGUCAACUAAAAAUAAUGAAGAGAAAUGAUGUGGAAGAUGUAAUAGUACAUGCCGAUACAGCAUUGGCCGGACCUUCUGAUGAUCGAGGAGAUAAUAAAUGA